AUGAAUUCAUCCAUCAGCCUCGAAGAACCCUGCAUAUCAAAUGUCUCCCGCGAAGCAAUCGAGUCGUUCCGCUACUUCGGAUCCACCAUUGCCGCCUUUGACAUCGUCGUUGGAACGAUCGGAAAUUUAAUGACAAUUUUGGCCUUCUACAGAUGUCGAGCGCUGCACACGCCCUACAACGUUUUCAUUGUCAAUCUUUCUGUCAUCGAUUUGGUCACGGCGAGCUUGAUGAUGCCGUUCAACUUGACCGCAUUCGUCUACUUCUGCUGCGGUUAUACUUCGAUUGUGUGCCUGAUGGCGAUCACUUUUAAUCGAUUUGUUAUCAUUAUUCAUCGCGAUAUGUAUGUGACGCUCUUUUCGAAAAGAAAUGUGACGAUUUUGGUGAUUUUAUCUUGGCUUAUCGCUCCAGCAUUCAUGUCCCCCGUACUUUUCAAACACAACGGUCAUUCAAUUGUCAGUUGGAAUGAAGAUCAAUUUCUUUGCACCUUCGUUCGCUCAGAAAUGACAAUCUGGUGGCUGGACUACAUGCUCUUUUGUCGGAUUUUCUUCCAAUUUCUUCCUUGGAUCUUCAUGGUCAUUUGCUACUCGACGAUUUUCGUCAAAGUUCGGCAGCAGGAAGAACAAAUGGCGACGUACAAGACCGCUAAUUCGACCGCGACGAAGAAGCCCUGUAUUUACGACACAGAAGAUUCUGUCUUUUCCGAAUUUCGCCGAAAAACCAUCGGUGAACGACUCAAGGGAAUCCGCGCGACACUUAGGCGAACAAUCCGCAUCAAAUCUGCCAAUUCUACGCGGCAGAGCAAGCCGCAAAUCACAACCUCAAGUGAACCACCUUCCAGUCAAUUUCCGACAUCAACUGUUUCACACGCCGACUCAGCAGCUACUGGAAAAACACUACUGGCAGCUUCUGAUUGUCUGGCAUCGCCCGAAUUAAGCACGGAAAAUAUCUCAUCUAACUUUUCAAAAGCUGCAUCAACAAUAACCCUCCCAAAUACCUCAAAAUCCACCGUCACCGUUGCAAAAUCUUCAUCAACCCAUCUCCUCACUCCUCCAGUUUCGUCUGGCCCGCGCAAUAGUCACAAAAAGCGAGCAGAUACAAAAUUGCUCAUUUGCUCGGUCACCAUUUGCUCCAUAUUUAUCUCGCUUUUCUUACCGUCUGUCAUUUUAAACUUGAUACAGGGCUGUUUGGAUCCAAGAUUACAUAUGGCGGCGAGCAAUUUAACCUGGCUCAACAGUUGCGUCAAUCCGAUUGUGUACGCGAUGAUGAACACUCGUUUCAGAAAAGAGUAUAUAAAGAUACUUUCUGACGCAAAAAGAUGGCUGCUAAGAAGAUGA